UUUCGCAAUACUUGGAGCAGCAACAAAACAUACACAAGACUUGGAUCAACUAACUUAUUUGGUCAACGAAAAAUACGGACAUUUUGCUCCCAACUUUUUAUACUUUUGAUGGGCAAUUGACGACACCUAAAACAAAAAAAAAGCAGACAAGACUCCAGUAACUCCAGUCUACAGGAGGGCGUCCAGACACCCAUUCAUCCAGAGUGCCACCCAACCAGCACGCCAGUCAUAGCAGACGGACAGCGAGGCGAGCGGUCAGCAGAUCCAAACCAAAUGAGCAAGAGGUCGCAGCAGACGAUAAACACGGAGCAGAACAGGGGGACUGUUAGUGUGAUCCAGGGCCAGGCUAGUGGAGCAACAACAACAACAACAGGAGGAAGCUUACAGCUGGUACCCCAGCUAGUCCCUGCCACCCCAGCCGAAGGAGGAGGAGGAGGCAAGGCCAAGAUGAAGAAGACGUCGGGGGACAAGGACAGUGACGAGUACCGCCAGCGACGGGAACGGAACAACCUGGCGGUUAAGAAGAGCAGGAUGAGAUCCAAGCAGAAGGCCCAGGACACGCAGCAACGUGUCAACGAGCUGAAAGAGGAGAACGAGAGGCUGGAGGCCAAGAUCAAGCUGCUCAGCAAAGAGCUGUCUGUCCUCAAGGACCUCUUCCUGGAACACGCCCACAACCUGGCCGACAACGUCCAAGCACCUGGCGCGGAGGGGGCCAGCCCCGCCCACAACAACAACAACAACAAUGGGGCGUGUAACAACAACAACAGCAGCCAGUGAGAAGAGGGGCAGGGACAUGAAAUAUGAUACCUCAUGGUUGAGUGCUUCCCAAACGGCACCCUAUUUUCCCCAUAGGGCCCUGGUCUAAAGUAGUGCACUAUGAAGGGAAUAGGGGGCCAUUUUGAGUCAACCAGGGUGAUGGUAAAUAGACAGCUCGCCACUGCUUCUUAGCCAUACUGGAGUUUCUUCCUCUGGCUCCUCCCAGAGAUGAUAUAUACUGGCAGAGAGAUUUCACUGUUGUCUUCUUUGUGCGUUCAGAUUGGUUCACAAUGAUGAGAUUUCUUCUUCUUUUUUCUUUUUU